UUCAGUGAGCGAAGGGGCUCCAAGGUUAAGUCGAGACUCAGGCGAUCGGCGGCGAAUGCUUUCGGACUGAUAUAGAGUACUCGCGCAAUCCGUUGCGCUGCACCCCCGAUACUGUCCUCCACGUCUCCUUGUAGUACCAUGGCUGAGUCUGGGCUACGCGCAGUGCGGGACGAGUUGGCCGCAGCAGUGUCUACGAUCUCUCGGAUCAGUCAGGACUUGUCUGUAAACGUAGCGAAGGCGAACGGGGACGCGGCGUCGAUGAGGACGAGGGUGGCGGAACUAGAGGCGGAGCGAUCCUCCAUGUUACUGCGCCUCCAAGCUAUGGAGACGCGGAACGAGGAGCUUUGCGCGCGCCUUGAACAGAGCCAGCCGGAACUCGCCAGGGCGACCAGGGCCCGGGACGCUGCCGUGAAGAAGCUGCGGCUGAUGCGGGAUGUCGUCCGUGACCUCAUCGACGAGCGCAGGGUCGCGGGGACGGCGGUGCACGCAGGGCGGUCGCAUCAGUCCGAGCAGGCUGAUCACCGCCGUAGCAACGGUGGCAACUCAGAAAGCUCUAGUGGCGAGUCCUGGGACAGUUUGCAGCUGACGGAUGUAGGCGCGGAGUCCUCGAUGAGCGAGGAUGUCCAUGUUGUUCCUGAGGUUUCCAAGCCAAGCACGCCGCUGCCGCGGCGGACAUUGGUAUUGUCAGAUGCUUCGAAUCAGAGUGCCCCCUCGAGGAAACGGAGUCCAAAAAUCACGGAGGAGAUCCCACCAGCAAGACGAGGAGGCACAGCGUCGUCAUGGAGAGGCACAGUGUCAACAAACCCGACGAAACUUGAGGUUGCUGAGCAAAAGCCCGGGUCUGAAGAGCAUCCCGUCAAGGUUGCCCACUGUGGUCCUUCUAGGUCAUCUAGACACAACUCGAAGGGUGGACGGGUCGUCAGGAUCCAACGUCAACCCAAGCAGAUGAAUGGACUCGGAGGUUUGGGCGAUGGCGUUGAUGAUCCGACUAAGGAUGCAAGUGACACGCAACCCGCCGGUCCUGUCACGAUGGAAAUUGGUUGGUAUCUGGAGUACAGACACCCACCAGCGACAGCCCUUCGACCUCGAGGGCCGGUCAGCUAUGCCUCGCUGGGAGUGCAAUUGUCACUGGAUGACGAGACGAUGCUCCGUAUUGAGAGUCUGGAAUCGUUGGGAGCACCGAGCAUGCAGAUCCAUGUCUACCGAGACAUGGCCUUCGUAUGUCACCCAGUGGUCCUAGAAGGCCCGACAUCAACAUACCUGAUCAGCUGGGGCAACGUGACUGUGAAUGCAAAUGUCAAGACGUACCUUACAACCGGUACUGAACGACCAAUCGAUGCCAUAUUCCAGUUGUUUAUAAGAACCAUGGGACAGGAUGCCGCGUGGUACUACCUAGGUGCACACAAGUUGCUCGCGGUGGAUGUGCCGUCGGUAUGGCACACAAGGUUGCGUGACGAGGAGAAGCGUGAGCUCGUUGCGGGCCUGGAGGAGCGAUGGACAUGGCGGGAUGCACCGAAUGCCGAACGGAUAGCACAUCUCAUCGAGACGGGUGAACUCGGACAGUGCACGGUCGAGCUUGAGAGCAAGGGCUUGGAGGAGAGAUCACAGGCGUUCGCGGGUCGAUAUCUCUCUCGGAAGUGAUCACAGUGUACAGUAGCAUCGUGGAUGGGCCGGGGUAACAACAGGUUGUGAGCGGGAGUAACACGGAUCAACAAGCGGCUGGUGGCGGCGGGGU